UACCGACUAAAUGACUAAAGGAACUUGCCAGCAUUUAAACCAUUAAUGGCGGUAAAAGAAUGAAGUACUGAACAUUCAACAUGUUUCAUCACCUGCGGGACAACUACCGGAUAUUGUUCGCCAAAGUAAAGGAAUAGCUGUGUGACAAUUCCUUGAAUUCUUGAAGGAAGGGGACCCUCCUCCGAUUGGAUGGAAAUGCACCACCUUUUUGUUUCAUCUUCCUGUCGUGGUGGAUGUUGAGACUGUGUGAACCAAUGGGUGGGCAGCCAUGGUGAUUAUGUCAAAGUGAUCCAGGAAACCCCUAAACCCUGUGCCAUUGUUCUCAUGAUGACACAGGAGUGAGAGUUCCUGUUUCUGCUCGGAAUCAGAGAGUCACGCACACGGAGUCACAACCGCAGAUAUGAGUGGUGGGGUUAAUGUGAAGUCUGCCCCCAGGGGCUCACUCCCCUCUGGAAUCCCUCUCCCUCGUAGCCUGUUGCUUUCAUCACCAAAAGUGGACCCUCGUCACAGGACCAGAAUCGGUCAUCAGACCUUAACUCAGACUCCGCGAACCACACCUACGCACUCUGUGUCGCUUUUCCCAAAGAACUCCAGUAGCCCCGCCCCCCUGCCAUCCCACUCUUCCUACUGCGGCCCUCUGAACCAAUGCCAAGCCCCUGCUCCAUCAGAGCAAGACAUUGCUGCCUCGCCCAAAAUGGUAAAACAACCGUCCAUCGAUGGAAACCACAACAGAAACACGUUCACGAACCAAAACCACAAGUGGAGUCCACAAACCCACCGGUCCAGGGAAGACCCUGCAAGAGAAGGAGGGCCUGCAGAGAAUCAUCCGGGCUACAGUGAACUGUCAAAUUACAGUAACCUCCGACCUUCUCUUUCCCCAUUGAACUGCAAAAAUGUAAAGAAAGGGCGUGUAAGCUCCACUAGCCAAUCAGAUGAGGAGAUGGGGGGGACCUCUGAUGACAGCAGCCCCAUCUACUCACCCAGGCCACCUCUACUACCAACACCCAUUACCUUUAAACUACCCGAGAUACUUAAGAUGUAUGGCACUCAAAAUCCGGAGCAGGGGGUGGAGUCAGUGGAGACACACCCACCUAAAGUCAACAUGGCAACAGUUGCACCGUUUAGCUACAGACUGCAGGACAACAUCUUCUCUGUGGAUGAACUCAGCGACUGCUCCUCAGGUUCCAUAGAAGUCUGCUGUGAUGACCUCAUACCAGGGGGGAUGCUGGAGGCUAUUGUCGAUAACAUUAGCAUGACGGCUAAGCCCACAGAGCUGAAGACCAGGACCACCACCACCACCACCGCCGCCGCCGCUGCCCACGCAGCACCGUGCCCAGAUUCAUCUGACCUGCACACCAUGGCUUCCAGGAAGCCCACACCCAAACCUUCAGCUCUGCCUCAGGGACCUUCACGUCCAUCGUCCUCUACAUCUUCCUCCGGAUCAGAGCUCACCGUCUACCGAUCGUCCUCUGGAUCUAUUCCCGUCCCGGUACCAAACCCAUCGGGUCUUCGGAAGCAGCGCUCUCUUACUAAUCUUUCCGUUCUCACAGACGCCGAGAAGAAACUGCACUUGUACCAGUCGUCACGCUUGAAUGACUCUACGGGGAAGUCUGGUACUGGCGCUGACAAACCAGGUCAGACUAAAACAUGCCAGGGUGGGAAAACAACACUUUCCCGGACCCUGUCGAAGUCGGAACAGUCGCUUUUUCAGGGACGAUCCAAACCUGUGGGCUCCACAGCGGGAAAACUAAGUAGAAUCCCAGGACCUGGGAAACCACGAGGACCUUACGCUGAGGUCAAACCCAUCAGUAAGACCUGCCAGGUGGAACAGAAGGCAGACAGAGAGCCUGAGGACCAUCCAAUCAAGACGAACUCCCACGGAACAGGGAAUCUUGGAAAGAAACCAGGAGAGAAAGUCAGAUCUGCAUCGCUGUCAACAGAGGAGAAGAAAGAGAUGCAGACAGAGGAAGAUAAGAAUUUCUUGAAGGUGGAUCCAGAGUUAGUGGUGACAGUGUUGGGGGAUCUAGAGCAGCUUCUCUUCAGUCAAAUCCUUGAUCCAGAAUCUCAGAGGAAGAGGACUGUGCAAAAUGUGCUGGACCUUCGACAAAACUUGGAGGAAACCAUGACCAGCCUGAGGGGGGCGCAGCUGAGCCACAGCUGUGUGGAGGGAAGCACGUGUUACGACAGCGACGAAGCCGCCGCCUUCUCCAUCUCCACUCUUUCAAACCGCUCCUCGCCCCUGUCGUGGCGUCAGGGUCAGGCCAGUCCCCGCCUCCAGGCUGGAGACGCUCCAUCAUCGGGAAACACCCAGACUGACGUCCCGCAGAGGAGCAGGCAUAUCAUGUCCCGUAUUCAUCUCGUUGAGGACUUGGAGGACGCGGACACGUCGCUGUUGAAGGGAGGAUACAUGAGCGACAGUGACGCUGGUGGAAGGAGCCCGAAUGAGGGAGAUGAUGACGACGAUGAUGACGACGAAGAUCUGGGAAAUGGCUGGGACGAGAGCAGCUCCAUAAGCAGCGGACUGAGCGAUGGUUCAGACAACCUGAGCUGUGAAGACUUUAACAGCAGCACUGCCCUUAACUCUUUGCCCAGCACCCCGGUCAGCUCCCGCAGGAGCUCCAACAUACUGAUGCGCACAGACGCAGAGAAAAGAUCUCUGGUGGAGAACGGCCUCUGCUGGGACACUGAGGACUCAAAACCCAACUGCAAGAACCAGGGCAGCAACAUCUAUGACACAGGAAGUCCCAAGUCAGAAUCAGCCAACAGGUGGAAGAAGACCAGGCCUCAGGGGGACGGGCUUGAUGGAGUAGGAAGGGGAGAGUUGAAGAAACCGCAAACCCUAGGUCAAGGAAACGUCCUGAAGAAAGGACGAAACCAGCCUGUGGGCGUCACGUCUCCCAUCACUCACACCUCACAGAGUGGUCUGAAAGUGGCAGGUUCAAUCAAGUCUGACAUGAAGCCCAUGGAUAAAUCUCGGUUAGCGGUGAAGUCUUCAGGACUUCAGCGUUCCUCUUCUGAUGCUGGCAAAGACCACAGGAACGGUACCAGCGCUGUUGAACAACGUAAACCUCCGUCUGGCCUGGUCAGACCAUCAGCAGGUGGAAACUUUGGUUUCAAGAAGCCAAACACAGCUCAAAAUGGAGCCAACAUCAAUGGUACCGGUACCGGUACCGGUGCACUCAGCUCUUCAACAGUGGGCAAGACGCCCAAAACAUCGGGAAUUCCUGUGAAACCCGCAGCUGGCGGCAGUGGAGGACGGAAGAUCAGUUUGGAUGUUUCCAGUUGUGAUCAGAGUGGAUUUUUGUCUCCAAGCGCUAGGACAUCGCUGCAGUACCGAUCUCUCCCUCGUCCUGCUAAGACCAGCACACUAACUCUGACCCGACCCAGCUCGGCCCGUCCUGUUAGCACCACCGUUGACACGAACUCUGGACUCACCAAACCCUCCUCAACAACGGCAGCCCUGCAGGGCUCCAGGCUCAAAGAACCCGUGUCUGUGCUGAGUUCUGGACCGGGGCUGAGUAAAGCAGGAAGUCGUGGGAUUCCGAGUCCCGGUCCUGUCAAUCAGACAGACAGAGAGAAAGAAAAGGAGAGGGCUAAAGCUAAAGCUGUCAUGUCAGACUCAGAAUGUGGGGGAGGGUCCCUGAAAGGAGGAUCUGCUCACAGCAUCUCAGAGAAGCUACAGGGGCUAAGGCCCCCUAGUGGUGGUAAAAGCCUUGAUAGAUCUGCAACUAAUAUUCAGAGGUUAUCUGGCGUUCGCAGUCUUGGAAAGCCUCAGUCCGUGGCUCAGAUGGAUAAACUGAACUCCAACAGUCUGGAUCUGGAGGUACAGGCCUCCCUGCCUCCAAAGAUCCCUCCUUACUCAAAGCUCCAGGACCUGAGCAGCACAGUCUCCUCCUCCUCCUCCUCUUCCUCUGGCUCCCACCUAACUCCCAGCCCUGCUCCACUCCUUACUGUCUCCUCCUCGGCCUGUUUCUCCACCUCUGGGUCUGGUCUGGGGUCUCGGCAAGUUUCCUCGUUAGAGACCAACAGGGGGAGUUCUUCUCCACUGCUGUACCCCCGUCUGUCUGGGCUGCAUCGCAGCAUGGAGUCACUGCCACUGCAGAUGAGCCUGGCACCAGAACAUUGGGAGAAGAACCGGGAAGUGGGCCACGGCAGUGUGGACUCCAGAACCAAAGAGAGGCAGGAAGACACGCAGCGAUGUCCAGUGAUUGGGACGAGAGUGUCGCUGACGCUACCGGACACCUCUGAUGUUGACAGAAACACACUUCCAAAGAAAGGACUAAGUUUUAUCAGCAGCUCUCAGGCUGAGGAGUUGUCGAAGGAGCGAGGGGAGAGGAGACACUCCCACACUGUCUUCAGUGUCAGUGAGACAUUGGCUCUGCCCCUGCUCUCGUCGCCAACCUCGCUUCCACGGUCGUCCAGGACCGGGACAGCAGCGUCCAGCCCUGUGAGCAGCGCUCCGAGGAUGACUCGCUCCAACAGCAUCCCAGCACAUGAGGGGUCAGUGGAGGCGUAUGCCGAGUCCCCACUAGGCAGCACGCUGUCACUUUCAGAACGUCCACGAAGCAUCGGGAUGAUCCGGUCGGGUUCCUUCAGGGACCGGGACUCGGACGAAGUCCAUGGCUCAGUUCUCUCGCUAGCCUCCAACGCCUCCUCAACCUACUCCUCGCAAAUCCGUAAACUGCGUCGAGAGCUGGAGUCCUCUCAGGAGAAGGUUUCCGCUCUGACCACCCAGCUGUCUACAAAUGCGAACCUUGUUGCUGCCUUUGAGCAAAGUUUGGCCUUGAUGACAACCCGACUGCAGUCUCUUUCAAUGAGCCACGAGCAGAAGGACAAUGAGCUGCUGGAGCUCCGUGAAACCAUCGACGCCAUGAAGGUCAGGAAUGAAGAAGCUCAGGCUGUGAUUCACGGUGCUCUGAACAACCAGGAAAACACCAAAGAUCUCCAAAUGCGUCGUCAGAACUCUUGUGAGAGCAUCUCCAGUCUCAACAGUUUGACCAGCAUGUCCAGUAUUGGCAGCCUGAAGGACCAGGAUGCCAAGAAGAAGAAAAAGAAAAGCUGGUUACGGAGCUCCUUCAACAAAGCUUUUAGCAUCAAAAAAGGAUCCAAAACCUACUCCGACAUAGAGGAAAUCGCUACCCCAGAUUCCUCUGCUCCAAACUCCCCAAAGAUGCUCCACGAGGGGGGCGAGGGAGAAGACAUUCAAGCUCCGCCCCUGAACCACUUCGCCAUUGCUUCUUCCUCUGCGAUCAUGGAGAGUACAGAAACAGAAGAGGGCGACGGCGAGGAUACUUCCGUGUCAGACCUGCGCUCAGAACUGUGGGUGAAAGAGCGUGAACUGACUGACAUUCGACUGGAGGCUUUAAACUCCGCCCACCAGCUGGAGCAGCUGAGAGAUGCCAUGAACAACAUGCAGUCAAUGGUGGAGAACCUAAAGGCGGAGAACUGCCAUUUGAAAACAGGAACUCAGCUGAACUCACAAGGCCCUGGCCCCGCCUCGUCCACCUCACAACCUUCAGGUCUGGCAUCUCUAGUUGGACCGUCACUGAAGCAGCCAAUCAGCAUGAGCCUCACCAAGUCCUUCAGCCUCAGUCUGAAUGACACCAAAGAUCUAGAUCCAUGUCACGUGGACAUACAGAGUGUCUCUUCAUCACAGGAGGAUGUAUGUGCUCGAGUUCUAGUCCACAGUGAGCGUGCCGAGGUCACCAAAGGUCAGCAAGAGUUCUGUCUGGGCACAGUUCUGGUCAACACCAAGACAGAUUGGGCCAGUCUGGACUCUCUUAUCCUAAAGACCUUCAAAGACUACCUGACCCAAGUGGACCCCACAGCCAGUCUGGGUCUGUCAAGCGAGUCAGUGCUCUCGUACCAGCUGACUCAUGGUGGCCGACAGCUGAUUGGAGGAGAAGACAAGCCGCAGCUCCAGCCUCUAAGAUGUCUAGGCGGUAGCUCAGCUUCAAUAUAUGUCACUCUGAAAGGCCUGAAAGAGAACUGUGUGGACUCCCUGGUGUUUGAGACUCUUGUUCCUAAACCCAUGAUGCAGCACUACAUAAGUCUGCUCCUGAAGCACCGCCGUUUGGUUCUGUCAGGGUCCAGUGGAACAGGAAAGUCUUUCCUGGCUCAGCGCCUGGCCCUGUAUCUCCUGCAGCGCAGCAGCUCGGAGUCGGAGCAGGAAGCAGGUUUCCAUGGUCGUAGCGCUGCUGUCACCUUUAACAUGCACCACCAGACUCAGAAGGAGCUGCAGCUGUAUCUGACCAAUGUAGCUAAUCACAUAGACCAAGACAAUGGAGGAGAGCUGCCAUUGGUUGUUAUAGUCGAUGACAUCAAUGACCCGGCGGGCGUCACUGAGAUGGUGAACGCAGCGCUGACCUGCAAGUACCACAAAAGUCCUUACAUCAUCGGCACAACGAAUCAGCCAGUGAAGAUGACGUCCAAUAAUGGGCUGCACAUGAGCUUCAGAAUGGUCACGUUUUCCAACAACGUAGAACCAGCCAACGGCUUUCUGCUGAGGUACCUGCACCGUAAAGCUGUUGAGGCUCACCAGGACAGGGGGCAGGACUCCUCACACCUACAGGCUCUCCUGUGUGUGCUGGACUGGGUUCCUCAGCUCUGGUACCACCUUCACACCUUUCUGGAAAAACACAGCACGUCAGACUUCCUCAUAGGUCCCUGCUUCUUCUUAUCAUGUCCAGUGACAAUGAAAGAGUUCAGACAUUGGUUCAUUGAUCUAUGGAACAACUCUAUCAUCCCCUACCUGCAGGAGGGCGCCAAAGAUGGCAUGAAAGUCCAUGGGCAAAGGGCAGUAUGGGAAGAUCCUGUUGAAUGGGUCAGAGGAACUCUGCCAUGGCCAAAUGCCCAGCAAGACCAGUCCAGACUUUUCCACCUGCCUCCACCCAGCAUUACUGCCUCAUGCAGUGAGGAGAAGAAACUGGCCAAAGACACGCCUCCAGCCAGUUCUCUGGACUCAGAUCCACUGAUGGCGAUGUUGCUGAAGCUCCAGGAGUCUGCAAACUAUAUCGAGUCUCCAGAGCAGGAAGGUGUUGAUCCAAGUCUGCAGACAACGCUCUGAAGAUGCCAGUGGAGGAGACUGUAGCUAACAGCAGUGCUGCUAAUUUUUCUACACAUAAUGACUCUGUGGUUAACAUUACUGUAGCUAACAAAGAGACUGCAGCCUCAGUAUGGCUGUACGACGACGGUCUACAGAAUCAAAGAAAGUUUAUGGACAAUUACAAAGAACAAAGAAGCUGUGACAAAGGUGUGGGUGAAGAUAUAGGUGUAUUUUCUAGUCUUUACACAAUGUGUAAUCAGAUCAAACUAAAACAUUUAAAAAGUGCAUGAAAACAGAAUGACACGAUGGAAACAAUGACGUUACAAUCUGACUGAUCAGAACCACUUUUUAUUGUUUUGGAUUCUUAGUUUUUUUCUAACUGGCUUUCAGUUAAGGUCAAUUUUCACCAAAAAAUAUAAAUGAUCUGAAGAAAAAAAAAAAGCACUUUAUUUUUUAAAUGUGGUCUUUGGACUUUAAUAAAAGCCACUUCUAGUUCAGUAAUACUUCCACCAGAUGGUAGCAACACACCAAGGAACUAUUACUAAAAACUUGACAUAGUACCACAGUAUAUGUCACAGUGUAUAUGAGGGUCUUUUUUCCCGAGGAUGCUCCAGGAUCCGAGACAGUAUUUGAAACAAUGUACACAACGCACCAGGCUCUAUAAAAUAGAACAGAUGACUUUAGGUAACUUUCAAUGACUAAAUUGACUUACAAAAACUAAGGUAAGUAAGGCCGAGAUAUUUAGUUUCUGAUCCAAAACUUCCUGGUACUGUGCAGUGGAAAAGUGGAGACAUUGAGCAGAAUUUCUUAUUUACGUAAAUAAUUUAAGGUUGAGUGACCCGACGCUCAACGUAAUUCAAAAAGAAAGCUGCUGGUUUUUAGGGUUUAACAAAACAAUGAGCACUUUUCUCUUCUGUACCUUUGGAUCUGAUGUCUCUUGUUAUGAUUUUAAAUAUGAUGAUUUUAUAGGAUUUUUUUACUAAGGAAUCUGCGGUAACAGCAUCAUCAAAAUCAUUACGUCAUACAACAAAGACUACAAGAGUCGUCAUCAGCGCAGACAGACAUUCUGACCCUAUCUGUUGUUUCUCUAAAUGCAUUAAAAUAUGAUUUAAUUA